AGAUUCUCUUUUAACGUGAUUACUUACAAGUAAUAGUUCCUCAUCAUGGCUGAACUAUCACCUGAAGAAAUUCAGCUGAGGGCCAACCAGGUCACUGAUGAGUCAUUGGAAAGCACAAGGAGGAUUCUUGGCUUGGCCAUUGAGUCCCAGGAUGUCGGCAUCAAAACUAUCACCAUGCUGGAUGAACAGGGAGAACAACUAAAUCGCAUAGAAGAAGGCAUGGACCAGAUAAAUAAGGAUAUGAGAGAAGCUGAGAAGACACUGACAGAGCUCAACAAAUGUUGCGGGCUCUGUGUCUGUCCUUGUAACAGGACGAAGAACUUCGAGGCUAGCAAGGCAUACAGAGCAACCUGGGGAGAUGGAACGGAGAACUCGGCAGAUCAUGUGAUAUCCAUGCAACCAAGAAGUAUAAAUCAGCGGCAGCCUCCGACUUCUGGAGGACCAAGUGGCGGAUAUAUUACAAGGAUAACAAAUGAUGCCAGAGAAGAUGAAAUGGAUGAAAAUCUUGCUCAAGUGGGAAACAUUCUUGGGAAUUUGAAAAACAUGGCUUUGGAUAUGGGCAAUGAGAUUGAUGCCCAGAAUAAACAAAUAGACCGCAUAAAUGUAAAGGCUGAUACAAACAGGGAACGCAUUGAGCAAGCCAACAUCAGAGCCAAGAAACUAAUUGACAAUUAAAGCCUGCUGUCAUUGUUCAAUGACACUGUCUCUCCAGCUGCAAGCCACCGUAUUCAUGGAUCUGUGAAACUUCUAUUCUGAAAUAAGAGGGGCUGGGAAAAAUGAAGCAGUACCCUUUCUAUAGGGAUUAAUUUUCUUUUAUUUUUUUAUUGCUUCAUGUAAACGUGGCCUUGACUCCAAGAAAGCAGCCAACAUAACUUCCUCCUACUCAUCUGCCUUCACUUUCUUUAAACUGCUCAGGGCUAAAAGUGUUAUGGCUUUGAGAAUCUUCUUGCAUGUUUUAUUCCCCCUCCCAGUCUUUUUUUCCUGCACCCAAAAUACACUCCUUUACUGAAGUUGAACAAGCAGGGUAACCUGAAUUCACAGUUGUGGAAAGUUGGAGAGGGCACUUUGCACUGUUUGAAAUACCUCAUGAGUGUCUUCACUAAAAUAGGGACUUGGUGAAUAUUGUCUGACUUGUAUUGCUAGCAGGCUAACCAUAGUUUUGCAAUCCAAACCAUGUGAUUGGUUUGGGGUUGAGUUUCUGGAUUACAGAAUUGAAGAGGCCCACUACUUAUGGGUUGAGGGCUUUAAAACACUUUCUAAACACACGAACUUUAAUGUAAAGGUAACUGGAGGGGUAUACAGGUUUCCAUUUCUUUACUAUAAAUUGACAUUGGUCUG